AUGUCGUUGUUCAGUAAAAUAUUAGGUGGAGGAGGAAAAGGAGGGAAAGGACCGAGCCCACAGGACGCGAUCCAGAAACUCCGAGAGACGGAGGAGAUGCUUACGAAGAAACAGGAAUUUCUAGAGAAAAAGAUCGAACAGGAAUUGCAAAUUGCGAAGAAAAACGGUACAAAGAACAAAAGAGGUGAGAUGCCAUCAUAAAUUCUCCCAAAGAUUUCGCUCCACCGUCUUGUCUUUCGCUCGAAAAUACUGAGCUAAACGUUAGCACGUUAGCUAAGUUGGCUGACUUUUACGAACUGUCAUAAACGCUGUCAGCUUCGUCGAGCGCGUAUAUCAGGGUUACCAUCAAAGAUAAAAGAAAGAUAUGGUGUCCAACGUAUACGAAGUUUGAUAACAUGGCCAAGUUGAUUUUGUAAUGGCCUUGUUGUGCCAAACAUGUUCCGGUUACCACAUUUCUGUUGAUUCAAUACAAGCCAGUUAGAAAUGUUGCGACUCCGUAGGUGUGGCACGAAUUGAAAAGAAUUGAUUGACUUAUGAUGAUAUAGACUCACAAUAAAGAUAGCGGCUUGAUAAUUCGGGUCAAGGGUUCAGUAUUACACAACAACGAUGUACUGUCAGAAAGGUGGGCGUGUUCACGUCUCGACAGAACCCGUAUAGAAACGGACAGACCUUAAACAGGCAUACAGCUGCCAGUGAAGCAAUGCUGUAAAACAAAGAAUAGUGGCAGUAACCGUAAAGACCCUGUUUUACCGUGACUAAGCAUGAUGCAGACUUAAUAAAGAUAAUAUAGACAUUAAGAUUAACUCAUUAAUUUGUCACCAUAGUAUCAGAUUUGUUCAUUAAGAGAGAGCAGAAAAUUAAAUGUAAACAUAUGUGUUUAAUAAGCAACAGCAAAGGAAAGUCACAUACAAAUUCAUUAUUUUGUGCACAGUACAAUCUAAAAUAUACAUGGUUGCUUUUGCUAACAUAUUUGAGAUUACUUUAUCUGAGUGACAAAUUACAUCGAGGAUCAUGACUGAAAUCAGAAUCAUAAUUCAGCCACAUCAUUCUGUGCAUCAUGACAGAAGAUCAAACACCAGUCAGUAACAGUUGAUAGAUUUUGUUUGUUGUCAUUUUCUAUGGGAAAAUAGUGUCACAGAGAAGACCGGAGAACGCAGUCAUCAUUCUAGAAUCAUAGUUAUUCAAGCCAAAUGUCACACAAGUUUGGUCAGGAGCUGUUGAGGUAAAAUCUGUCCAGAACAUUUUAUGUCAACACAAGUUGAAUAACAUCAUCUCUGUAUAAGUCAUAGAUCCUUGUUCUUUGACCUCAUACUUAGAAUAAUCCAUGAAGUAUGGUGUGUAUAAAGGUUUAGAAAAUCAGGGUGAUCAACUGUCAGAUUCCGGAGAUAUAUAGGGCAUACUGUCCUUAUACUGGGCUUUCAUACUAAAAUAUGUCUCUUAUUCUGUUUUAUUCCUCCUGUGACUUCAAAUUGGUGGACAGAAUGAGUUAACACAACACAUUCUUGUAGCUUUACUGCAGCAGGUGUAAAUCAGUUAAUGUGGUCAAGAGACUACUUCAGUUGAUUAAAUUGGACUGUGUAGUUUUUUUCUUUUCAUCAGCAAAGCACCAGUUACAAGCUUUAUGCUGCGCUUUCUUAUUUACAGCACUGUAGAUUAGUAUAUCAUUCAUGAUUCCACUUAAAUGAAAGUUAAUGUACCUUACAAGAGGAAAAGCUACAGUGCUUGUUGCCAAUACAAAUGCUGCACCACUAGUUCAAAGAGUCCUUUUAGGAUGAUACAUAUCAGAAGGACCAAUAGCUUGAUCUCAUUACAGUGCACUCUUAUGCACUUGUUUAUUUUUGUCCAUAAUUAAUCAGUACUAAAUCUUUUGCUUUUCUCUGUCUUGUCAGCGGCUCUGCAAGCUUUAAAAAGAAAGAAGCGGUACGAGAAGCAGCUUGCCCAGAUUGAUGGCACCCUGUCGACCAUUGAAUUUCAGAGAGAAGCUCUGGAGAAUGCCAACACAAACACAGAAGUGCUCAAGAACAUGGGUUUCGCUGCCAAGGCUAUGAAGUCUGCCCAUGAAAACAUGUAAAUAAGACACCCAUUCUCUGAUUAUGUUCUUUACAUUUUGAUCAAUUGAUUAGACUGAAGUGAAGACUUUAGAAACACUGUAUCAAAGGAUUGUAGUAUCUUAAUCGCCUGCAUGCAAUUUUCUGAGAGAAAGCCGGAACCGAAUAAUAUAAGUCAGGAAUAAGUUGUGUUAAAGGGACAUUCCAGCGUCAAAUUAAUUUAGGGUGAAACACAUCGUAACACCGAGUUAGACACCCCCUCGAGAGAUGAAUGCUGCCGACUGCUUGCUUCUCUAGUUAUACCAACUUUAGUAACGACUGCAUGGUAGCAAUACACAGUGGUCUAAGGAGCCAUAAACAUACCCCAACCAAAAGCCACUCUAUAGCCACAAAUAAUGCUCAGAACAGCACGUAACUUCAUCAACAGUACAUAUAGGGUCUCAGCUACAGCACUAGCCACCAAACAUCUUUUUAACAGUGCCUGAUUUCGUUAGCAAAGAGACUAAACACAACUCACCCACUCCCUUCCAGCUUGUUUGAGGGAAGACCUCGACCAGUCCAUCACUGACUGCAGUGGGGUGACACAGCUCAAGGAAGAACAUUUAUGAUCAUUACUGUAUCAUUUCCCCGCAGUAAUAAUCACCAUAUGAAUCAUUUUGCACUGCAGACGCAGACUGCGUCUUGGUCUAAUUGCAUUUCCAUAAAGAAAUGAUUUAUUGUAGCAAUACAUCCCAGACAAACCCACCAGUACCUGUUGUUUUUUUGCAUUAAAUAUCUACAACAGACGUAAAAGAAACAGGAUGCACAUCUGUCUGAAUUGUUAAUACUACAUGUCAUCAAUACACAAGAGAAAAUGUGAGGACAGUGGGGUAACUUGUGCAUGCCCUUCCCUCUGUGUUUUGGUAAAAAAAAAAAAGAAAUAAGAACAAAGUCAUGUAUAUACUAUAUAGUGUACAAGAACAUUCUAUUUGACUUACAUGUAAAUCUGCAUGUUCAGGGACAUUGACAAGGUGGAUGAUCUGAUGCAGGACAUCACAGAGCAGCAGGAGCUAGCCCAGGAAAUCUCUGAUGCAAUCUCAAAACCUGUUGGAUUUGGAGAAGAGUUCGACGAGGUUGGCAACUUUUCGCAAUAUUUUAUUUACAUGUUAAUAAGGUAUGUUUGGAAAUCUGUAAAGCAAAAAAAGGUAUGACCAGUGGCCUUGUUUUUCUCAAUUUCAGUUCAAUUAUGUUGUAGGCCAGCUUGGUAUUUUUUUAUUUUUGUGUGUGUGUGUGUGUGUGUGUGUGUGUGUGUUUAGCUCAUGGUAAUGUAUUAUGAACCAAUGAUCAUACAUGUCUGACCUAGUAUGUUAUUUUGGCACUGAACAAAGUCAUCUAACCUCCAAGCUAUUUAAGUUAGCAUUCUGGCAUUGGGGCUGUCUUAUUUAUGAAUGGUAAUAUUUAUAGACAUAUGUUACCACUGUCAAGGUACCACUUUCAGUCUACUGUGUUUUACUGAAACCUGGUUGAAUCAAAACAACUCAGACUCCACUGUGGAUCUACCUGGUUUCACUCUCAUAAGGUCAGACAGAGAUGCUCAAGCUAGUGACAAGAAGAAAGGAGGAGGUCUGGGUUUAUUUGUCAACCAGAGAUAGUGUCAAGGAGCAGUUAUGUUGUCCAGGUAUUGAACUGUUGGCCCUUAACCCAUAUUAUGUUCCAAGGGAGUUCAUUCAAAACAAUAUCUGUAUACACGUAUUCUUCAUGAUACUGUUGCUAGGAUACAGACUCAACAUUCUCAGGCACUUUUAAUACCAGGAGACUUCAACCAUGUCACCCUCUCCUCUCACAGGACUGGAUUUACACAGUUUGUUAACUGUCCUUACAGAGAAAAUUCUACAUGAGUUUACAGACAAAUCAAUGAAAGAGGAUGAAAUAGCUUUUUUUAAAAUUCCCUUUGAACCAAUGCCAACUCUCCGUAAACAAUUUUAAACACUUAAACCAGAUUAAAUGAAAUGAACUUAUACUUCUAGUUUUCCAGCUUUCCAGCAAGGUGCUCUACACUGUAUGUCAGCAUUAUUUAUACACCCUGAAGUUACAGUAACUUAGAUGUACAGUGAAAUAAUAGUUUUUAAAGUUUGUAGCACAUGUCCUUUCAGUAGGAUCAAUGUUGUGUUGUGGUUCUGGCACAGAUUAACUAGUUCAUGUUUAUCCUUAUGUUGGCAUUUGCUGACUUGUCCAGGAUGAGCUGCUAGCAGAGUUGGAUGAGCUGGAACAGGAGGAGCUGGAUAAAAACCUGCUGGAAAUCGGGGGACCAGAGAAUGUUCCCCUUCCCAAUGUGCCUUCGACUUCAUUACCUGCCAGACCUGGUGAGUGCCUCUUGAAAAAUUUAAUCAGGAACUCUAUGACUUUGUCUGUCCUUUUUGGUGUAGCUUUUUCGUUUGAAGUAUCUGGUCAAAAUUUGGAGGGGCAUAUAAACAUAUGCGGGCCCUUUCUUGUCUGUAGUUGCCAGGAAACCAGUGGACCCUGCAGGAGGUUGAACUGCAUUUUUUCAUCGGUGCUACUGCAGAUGCCAACAGGCAACCAGCAAACACAAUGUUUUUACUUACUUUGUUAAGGUUACAGGGUCCGUAAGAUCCUGAAACAUCCCCAAACGUUUAUGCUUCAUUGAUGUUGACCCAGCUUUUUAACUCUUGUCUGGUCUACCUCCUUUUUAAGCACCCGUAAUUCCGCCAGAGUCUCCGGUAUUUACUUCGUUUUCUUGCUUGUGUUGGCAGUUGUGGCAAUUUUCUGAUUGGUUUCUACUGUCCGAUAUUGUAGCACGCUAACUUUGUUUGGGCUCGUGAACAUUAUUCUAGCACAUAGAGCGUGCCUCACUAGGAAGCAACGUCUGCCUCACAACCAAUCAGCACUAAGGAGCAGCGUCUGCAUCUCAACCAAUCAGGUUGGGGAGGUGGAGAACGGCUUUAGUUACAGUCAAAAUGUGUGGGACACUCAAAAUUUUUAAAUUGUUGAUUACACAGACAUAAAAGAACACCACGAUAUCGUGAUAUUCCUAAAUGUCAUCAAUAACUAAUCGCUAUUGACUGAAAAUUAAAGCUUUUUUGUAUAUACACCACAAAAAAGAUGCUUCUUUAACGUAUCCCUGCCUACCCCACCUUUAAUCCUCUCUUAUUUUCUGGUUGUAGACAAGUUAACAUCAAACCCUUUGGCUCUUAUGACUUAUUAAAACUGAUAGGAUAAUGGACUUUCAAUAAAAAAAAUAUAUAUAGAUAAAAGGACUUGCAAAGAAAAACAAAAACCCUUGGAGCCUAAAACCUGCAAAGGUUAUUGAAAUGCUACAAUUUGUUGAUGAGAUUCAAAGACUUGUCCCUCACCAAAACACAUAAGAUUCCAAAGAGAUGAGAAAUUUCUGGGAAAUAACAAAAUAACUGCUCGUAGACUUUAUCUGAGUAUUGGUCACCAAUACAGCUACUGGAAUUGAUAAUCAAGAAUGACAAAAAGUCUUGCCAAACAGCUCUGUGGCACCAUUCUUCCUCUCUCCUAUCACUGUCUUCUACCUCAUAAGCAGGAUGCUCACACAAAGCAGAGUAGAGAAAGGAAGAAAUCUUCAUAUACCGUUCAGUACUUUAGACAUCAGUGAAACAGAAUUUCCAUAUACACAAAAAUGAUGCCAUGCUUUUACUUUUUAGAGAAUAUUUUAAAAAGGAUGUCAUCAUAUUAUAUGACAGGGAUGUCCGUAAAUAAACAGAGGUCAGCAAGAGAUUGAAGUGCACAUAUAUUCAGAUUUUUUCCUAAAUUUAUACUCUUGUCUGUUUAUCCCAUAAAGCCAAGAAAGAGGAAGACGAAGACGACAUGGAGGACCUGCAGCGCUGGGCUAUGGAAGCCAUGUAA